GGGCAGUUUCCGUUAGGUGCAGAAGCCUGCAGCGCGCGACCUGCCUCAUUCCCACGUGAAGUGCUACGCGAUUAUUGCUCUGCGGGGCUGCUCCCCGCUCACUGCGGAGCGUCUCGGAAACAGCGGGGAACCGGAAGUGCCCCGCGGCGGCUCCGGAGCCCGGUGUGAGGCUUCCCGGAGCGCAGUGACGGCGCCAUGUCCCUCAUCUGCUCCAUUUCCAAUGAAGUACCUGAGCACCCAUGUGUGUCCCCUGUCUCCAAUCACGUCUACGAGCGGCGGCUCAUUGAGAAAUACAUUGCAGAGAAUGGCACAGAUCCCAUCAACAACCAGCCUCUGUCUGAGGAACAGCUGAUCGACAUCAAGGUUGCUCACCCGAUCCGGCCCAAACCUCCCUCGGCAACUAGCAUCCCAGCCAUUCUGAAAGCCCUGCAGGAUGAGUGGGACGCAGUCAUGCUGCACAGCUUCACUCUGCGCCAACAGCUGCAGACCACCCGCCAGGAGCUGUCCCACGCUCUGUACCAGCACGACGCCGCCUGCCGUGUCAUUGCCCGUCUCACCAAGGAAGUCACUGCUGCCCGAGAAGCUCUGGCCACCCUGAAGCCGCAGGCGGGUCUCAUCGUGCCCCAGGCCGUGCCCAGCUCACAGCCCAGUGUCGUGGGUGCGGGUGAGCCAAUGGAUCUGGGCGAGCUGGUGGGAAUGACCCCUGAAAUUAUUCAGAAGCUUCAAGACAAGGCCACUGUGCUCACCACGGAGCGUAAGAAGAGAGGGAAGACUGUGCCUGAGGAACUGGUGAAGCCUGAGGAGCUCAGCAAAUACCGGCAGGUGGCAUCCCACGUGGGGCUGCACAGUGCCAGCGUUCCUGGGAUCCUGGCCCUGGACCUCUGCCCCUCCGACACCAACAAGAUCCUCACAGGCGGGGCGGAUAAAAAUGUUGUCGUCUUCGAUAAGAGUUCUGAGCAAAUCCUGGCCACCCUCAAAGGCCAUACCAAGAAAGUCACCAGUGUGGUGUUUCACCCUUCCCAGGACCUGGUGUUUUCUGCCUCCCCAGAUGCCACCAUCAGGAUUUGGUCCGUUCCGAACACCUCUUGUGUCCAGGUGGUUCGGGCCCAUGAGAGCGCAGUGACAGGCCUCAGCCUCCACGCCACUGGUGACUAUCUUCUGAGCUCUUCCGAUGACCAGUACUGGGCCUUCUCUGACAUCCAGACAGGGCGUGUGCUCACCAAGGUGACAGAUGAGACCUCCGGCUGCUCUCUUACCUGUGCACAGUUCCACCCCGAUGGACUCAUCUUUGGAACAGGAACCAUGGAUUCUCAGAUCAAGAUUUGGGACUUGAAGGAGCGCACCAACGUGGCUAACUUCCCUGGGCACUCGGGCCCCAUCACUAGCAUUGCCUUCUCGGAGAAUGGCUAUUAUCUGGCGACAGCAGCCGAUGACUCUUCCGUCAAGCUCUGGGAUCUGCGCAAACUUAAGAACUUCAAGACGUUGCAGCUGGACAACAACUUUGAGGUGAAGUCACUGAUCUUUGACCAGAGCGGUACCUACCUGGCCCUUGGGGGCACAGAUGUCCAGAUCUACAUCUGCAAACAGUGGACCGAGAUUCUUCACUUUACAGAGCAUAGUGGCCUGACCACAGGGGUGGCCUUUGGCCACCACGCCAAGUUCAUCGCUUCCACAGGCAUGGACAGGAGCCUCAAGUUUUACAGCCUAUAGACCCAGACCCUUCUGAUACCAGCUGGGCCGCAUCGCAGUAGCGGGGUAGUGUUAGGGUUGGGGUGGGGGUGGGGAGGGGAAGAGACUACUAGGGGGAGGGGGGCCUUUGGGGUGGGACAUUCACAUCAUUUCACUCUGGUCUGAGUGGUGGUGGCCUGCAAGCCUUGGCGGCAGGGACCACCCUAAUCCAUGCAGCCUCUGGGCCCCACGGGAGCAGACGUGGACAGACUGUCACCCUCUGUAGGCUCAGGGCCGGAGCCCAGCCCUCUCCCCAGUGGCAUUCCUUGAGCUGGUGUGUUGGCUAUUUCACCUCCCUCUGUGUUUCUGCCCUGGGGAGACUGGGAGAGGGUGAGCCAAGGGAACUGUGAAGGGGAGGGGCACGAGGGAACACGCAGGGUUUUGUAAGCAGUGAUCUAGUUUCAUUAAAAAAA